AUGGCAUAUCCAACACGACACUCGGGUCAUCAUCAUUAUUAUAAUGGACGAUCGUUUCCUCAACCUCGACAUCGUUAUCAACAUCCACAAAUGUAUUCUGUAGAUAUGUAUGGAAGACAUCAUCGACGACAUCGACAUCAGAGGAGUCAUCGUCAUCGUUCAUCAAAUUCAAAGUUUGAAGCUGAAAUGCUAAAAUUACAUAACUAUCAUCGUGCACGUCAUUGUGCACCACCACUUGUUAUUGAUCAACGAUUGAAUCAAAUAGCUCAAUCAUAUGCUGAAUAUUUAGCAGCUACAUCAACAUUCGAACAUAGUGGAAAUAAACUUGGAAAUGAAGCAUUAGGAGAAAAUCUAUACAUGCAAUGGAUAUCUCAUGGUGAAGCACAAGCUUCUGCAAGAGAUGCAAUACAAAGUUGGUAUGGUGAAAUAGCAAUGCAUAAUUUUGACAAACCAAAAUAUUCAUCAGAAACCGGUCAUUUCACACAAAUGGUAUGGAGAUCAUCGAGAAAAAUGGGUGUUGGAAUAGCUCACUCACCAGAUGGACGUGAAGUUUAUAUUGUAGCAAAUUAUUAUCCUGGUGGAAAUAUUGUUAAUCCAGGAUUUUUUGAAGAUAAUGUUUUACCACCAAAUUGUUAA